AUGAUCAUGGACAUUAUGCAUACUCAUCCAGGGCUGGAGUUUUGUCGUGAAGCCGUUGAUUUUCAUGAUAAAUAUUGUGAUGUGGUUAUCGCCAGAAUUAUGUGGAAUCUUGGAUGUGUGUGGAGAGGAAAAAUUACAUCGGACUCCCUUCGGAAAUCGGAUCUUCUUGAGAAAAUUCGACAGCUACAAGAGAAUGUGGAUAUCAAUUGUUGCGUACGAUACUUUAGUUUCAGUUAUGAGCAUUUUUACGUGAUAUAUUGUAAGUUUUGGGAAAUCGAUACGAAUCAUGAUCAAAUCGUUAGCAAAGCAGAUAUGAGAAUGCAUAAGGAUGGUGCAAUCACUGAUCUCGUGCUCAAUCGGAUUUUCUCGAACGCUGUUCGAACUUCCAGAAAGGAUACCAUGAAUCUCAUUGAUUUCACAAAUUUCUUACUAGCUGAAGAGGACAAAACUCAUCCAACGAGCUUGGAGUACUGGUUUCGUGUUUUGGACGAGGAUGGCGAUGGAGUAAUUUCAAUGUAUGAAAUGGAACGGUUCCAUCAAGCCGUUGUUGCAAAAUUAAAAGAGGAAGGAAUUGAUUCAAUCUCGUUUAAAGAUGUCGUGUGUCAGGUCAGGAGGUUUUCUUCGGCGAAAAUAAGUUUUUUUAAAUUUUCUUCUUAUUAA